AUGCUCCCAAAUGCGCUGGAUUGUGAAGGAGAGGUUUUCGGUCCACCGAAUAUGCUCGAUGUCGUGGUUGUAGAAGUUGCUGUUGUGACAGGAGUCGAAGACACUGAGGGAGUGCCAAAUAUACUUUUGGUAGUUGUAGAUGGAGUCGAACUAAUUGAUGAACUGCCAAAUAUACUCGUAGUUGUUGUAGCCGGAAUCGACGAAGUGACAGGGGAAGUCCCGAAUAUACUCGUAGUUGUAGUCACAGCAGGAGUCGUUGAAAUGACUGAUGCUGCGGCAAAUAUGCUUGAGGAAGUGGUGGUAGCACUUGAAGUGGUCGAAACCAACGAAGAUUUCCCGAAAAUGCUUGACGAUGUGGUCGUUACGCUCGUAGAGGUUGUUGUUGGGACACCAGACGAAAUCAGCAAAGCUUCUGAAACGGGUGCCUCACCAAGUUGA